AUGGCCUCUCAGUCCUCAAUCAGCGGAGCUACCAUCCCCCAACUGUGGGAGGACUCCAUCAAAGAAUAUGAGAAAGCGACUGGCAAAAGUCUCCGACUGGGGAAAUUCAAAACAAUGGACGAAAUCAUGAGUGGUACUGAAGGCCUGUCGAGCAAGUUCAAGGACUUUCGCAGCGAUGAGUCCAAAGUGACGAAAGUUCGAACUGCGUUGAAAAACAACAUGUGGUUGAUUCAAAAGGUGGUUAAUACGGUUCAGAGCGUUGGCAACGCCGCAUCGGCAUUUCCACCAGCGAUGCCCGCCAAUUUGAUAUUUACGGCCUUUGGACAAGUGAUGCAGUCAUUCGCUGACGUAUCUGCCGACUACGACAAGGUUAUGGGCUUUUUCGAAUUUACCCACAGAUUUUUCGACAGGCUUUCUAUGAUCGAGCAGAAAAUGCCCGAUCUGCCUCCAUUUCAACGUUGCGUAAGCCGUGUAUUUUCGAGCAUACUCAAGAUUUGUGCGAUUUCACAACAAUACUGCGCAGAAAAACGGUUCAAGAAAUGGUUUGAUAACCUCAUGAAUGGAACCGAUGGAGAACUGGCUGGGGCCAGUGCGGAGUUAGAGGGGGCAAUCAACGAGAUGAGCGAAGCCGUUGGUCUUGCCACUCUACGGACCGUCGAGAUCCUUGAUGAGGUUGUCCAAAGCAUGAAUGGAAAUGUUGAGUUUCUUGUCUCCAAUGCCACCCUCAUCGAGGAGCGUACAGCAGCCAUAGAAACAAACACGAACACCAUUCUAGAGCAGAAUCAGAACAUCGCAUCCAGACAAGGGGAGAUGAGCGAAAUGCAACGAGAGACACUGGCACAGAUGAGGGAACAAUCUCGUAUGCUCAAUGGAGUCGUCCAGCUUUUUGGAUCUGUUCAAAUGGGGGAAGGCUUUAGCAAUUCAUUCAAGACCAGUCUCUUGAAGGUGGAUGUGAUUAGGUUGCGCCUCACUCGUUGGGGCCAGUCUGUUGGAUUGGCAAACUUCGCGGAUCUUGAAAGUCUCCAGCAGACAAAGCUCUCACCCGAAGACAUUCCUAGGGUUGAGGAGCUACUUGGCGGAAUUAUGGAUCAAUUUUCGGAUGCUGAGACAUACGCAAAACGGUUCAAGCGCAAAAGCCCCGGGACCUCGACAUUGGACCCCGCGAAGGAACUAGACACUGUCUCCGCGUCGCUCCACCAGCAAAUGAGCGAGGUUACCAAAAGAAGACAGGGUGAUGCUGAACAAGACGCAGCAGAUCACGUCGCUUUCUACGAAGAGAAGUACUUUGUGCGACUGAUCGAAGACACAAGCACACUAGUUGAUGAUUUAAUUGAGCUAUUCCCGGCGGUGCAAGCAGUUCAACGCAAGCUCUGUGAGGAAGAGGUAGCAGAGAUGAACAAGAUCAAAGACGCCCUUCCUUUACUCAAAGAAGUUGCUGCUGGGCAGGACAAGAUGCUCAGUGAUACUGUCGUGAAAGUCAUCGAGUCCAGUACUACCUACAACAACAGCGUUAUCUUUUCAGGAACCAAUUCGGGUUUUCAGAUAGGGAACAACAAAGGCAGAAUCAGCAAUGUGCGCUUUGGGUGA